AUGAAAAUCAAGCACGCAAUCCUGCCAGGCAGAGAUCCAACCUCACGGUGGGAUGUCGACUUUGAAUCCAACACCAUCACGCGCAUACGACCAGCAGCGGCAGGGGCGGCGGCGGGGGAGGAAGACCGGUCGAGAGAUAACCCGUCCCCGUUGCUUCUGCCGCCUCUGUGCCACCCACAUAUUCAUCUGGACAAGGCAUAUCUCCUGACGUGUAACCACCACCGACACCAACCUCAACGUCACCCGUCGAGUAGUAGUCAAGCGGAGGGGGGACCACCGUCGUUGGACAAGCAGCAGCACCCGGAUUACUCGGACCUCACGCCCCGGGACGGUUCGUUCGGCGAGGCGCUGAAGUUCACGUCGCUGGCCAAGCAGCGCUACACGGAUGAAGACCUGUACCUGCGCGGCGCCCAGCUGCUCGCCACGUCGCUGGCGCAGGGCGUCACGGCUUGUCGGGCGUUUGUGGAAAUCGACCACGUCACGCGCCAAUCGUGCCUGCACGCGGCGAUCCGGCUGAAGGAGUGUUUCCGGGGCAAGAUGAAGCUGCAGAUCUGUGCGUUCGCGCAGGAUCCCCUCUUCAGCACGGACCACGGCGCGAGUAACAUGCAGGUCUUGCAGCGCGCGCUGCGCGAUGACUGUGGCGAGCAUGUCGACGUGCUGGGCACGACGCCGUACGUGGAGCAAUCGACGGACGCGACGCUGCGGAACAUCGAAUGGGCUAUUGAAACGGCGUUGGAGUAUUCUCUACAUCUCGAUUUUCAUCUCGACUAUAAUCUCGAUGCGUCCCGGCAGGCCAUGGUCUGGGAAGUGCUCCGUCUGCUGCGAGAGAAGGCGUGGACCGAGCGAGCAAAGCCCGGAAAGACGAUCGUGCUAGGCCACUGCACGCGGCUGACACUCUUUAGUGAUGCCGAGAUGGCGAGACUGGCGAGGGAGAUCAAGGACUCCGACCUGCCGGUUCAUUUCGUGGGGUUGCCGACGUCGGAUCUGUUCAUGAUGGGCAGGCCUGUCCAGAAAGCAGCAGCAGCAGCGGCAGCAAUACCGUCGGCUGAGGAGGAGUCGACGUCUGGGAAUCGGCCGCGCGGGACGCUCCAAGUCCUCGAUAUGGUUCAGAAACACGGCAUCAAUGCCUGUCUGUCGGUGAACAAUGUGGGCAACGCAUUCACGCCGUGGGGCACGGGUGAUCCGCUCGCUCUGGCGUCGCUGGGCGUCGGCAUAUAUCAGGCUGGCACGGACCAAGAUGCCAAUCUCCUCUUCGAGUGUGUGAGCUCGAGAGCCAGGCGGGCAAUUGGGCUCCCCACGGCGAGCACGCUCGAGGCGGCCUAUGAUUCUAGAGAGUCAAGUCAAGAACAAGGGCAGGGCCACGAUACCACGGAACUUCAAGAGGGUCGGAGGGGCGAACUUCUGCUGAUCAGGAACAAGGAAUACGUGGCUUGUCCGGGUCACUUGGGCGUCAAGAUCCCGGCGAGGCAACAGGUUUGUGUGAGAGAUGUGGUUUGGGAUCCGCCACCGGUCGACCUUCGUCAGAUCCUGAGAUGUGGGUGA